AUUAUUGGCAAAACUAUGCCUUCAAUAUGUAUGCAAUUGGCCUUGCAGUCAAGUGGAGCGUUUGUACCCAAGAUGGAGAUCAUACCCUUCUCCUUAAAAUUUCUGUUGUGCAAAAGAAAAGUUAUACAAUUUUGUGCAAUAUUGACAAAUAUAAAAUCCUACAGGGAAAGGAGUGAACCAGAAUGGAAUGAGAAAUUCUCAUUUGAGGUAUCAGAUGGUGACACAGAACUCACAUUGAAAAUCAUGGACAGUGAUGUUGGUGCUGCAGAUGAUUUUGUUGGAGAAGCAACCAUUCCCCUUGAGCCAUUGUUUUUGGAAGGAAACCUCCCAUCUACGGCGUACAAAGUUGUCAAAGAACAAGAAUACAAGGGAGAGAUUACAGUGGGCCUCACCUUCACCCCAGAGGUAGAGAUGGACAACGUCGGAGUGGAUGGAUACGAUUUUCGGUUAUAAUAUUAACUAGCAUCUUGGUGUGGAAAUGGCAAGGACUGCUUUUGGUUUGGAGAUGGCAAAGAGACUCUGUUUUUAACGUCGAUGUGUUGUGAGAACUUGUUUUGAUGUUGCAAAUAAUACCGAUGUGUUUUAAGAA